UUUGACAGGAAAAGAAUCAUGAAUUAUACUCGAUCAACUCAAAAGACAAAUAAGCUUGGCAUCGUUGGGUGAAAAAAAAGUGCUAGAACAUGAACUAUGAACUUAGCGUCUAUGCCUAGAAGUGAGGCAAUAAAAAAUGAAAAGAAAGGUUAAAAUUGUCCGACGGUGGAGAAAAGUGGGUGAGCUAAGUAUUAAACAGGAUGCGCGCAGCACGGCCUUUUGCCUUUUGCCUUUUGCCUUUACUUUCUUGCGAUUAAUAGGGGUCUGGGAGCACAUCUACCAUUUCAUCAACCAUUUCUUAUACGGAGUAAAUUCAAAUAGGGAAGAAGACAAACAUAUCAAAUUCAAAGAUAAAAUAUUGAGACCCAAUUCAUUUCUCUAUCAUCUCCUUUUCUGAAGAUGAGGCCCGGAACAAGGCUCAUCGUUCUCCACCCAUCACUUCACAAACAGGGCCUCUCUGCUCUACCCGCUGCUUCUCACCACAUCCUUGUUCUCGUUUUCGAUGUUUCGUCGCAUUCUUUGAUUCUCUUUGCACUCUUGUUUUCCGGCAAAGAUGCCGUUCCCGGAACCGGAACCGACGCAUCGGCCGCAUCAAGAACUCAGUCUCCCCCAUCUUUGAUUGACGAGCUUCUACACUAUGCGAGUAUCAAGUUGGUGUUCUCCGGAAGGUUACAACUUGUGGUAAUACAGUGUGAUGAAGGUUAUGCAUGAUGAUGAGAGCUGCGUUAGAUCACGUAGUUUAGUAUUUAUAAUCACCUAGUUAUUGUUUAUUUCAGUUUGAGAACAUGUAGACAUUUAAAUUAUUUUUGAAAUUUUCAGUACUUAAAUACUUGGAUUACUUUUGGAUGGUGGUUUAGCCUGUGCAUUCGGUUAUGUGAGAACCGAGUGUGACAGUAACACCCAUUUCCCUAUUAAGACUUCCGCUGCAUCUCUCAUGUUUUCAAAUAAAGUUGAUAAUUCCUUUGAAUAAAUCAUUAUUU